AUGGUGCUUUCGCAAAAGAUUCACGGAGCUUUCAAAGGUGCGGUGGAGAGGAUCACCGGUCCUCGAACGGUCUCAGCUUUCAAGGAGAAGGGAGUUCUCAGCGUCAGCGAGUUUGUUCUCGCCGGUGAUAAUCUCGUCUCCAAGUGCCCUACCUGGUCCUGGGAAUCUGGUGAUCCAAGUAAAAGAAAGCCAUACUUGCCCUCAGACAAACAGUUUCUGAUUACCAGGAAUGUACCUUGUCUACGAAGAGCUGCGUCCGUGGCAGAGGAUUAUGAAGCUGCUGGAGGUGAAGUUUUGGUUGAUGAUGAAGAUAAUGAUGGUUGGCUUGCAACUCAUGGAAUGCCUAAAGAUAGAGGCAAUGAAGAUGAAAACUUGCCAUCCAUGGAUGCCUUGGAUUUAAACGAGAGAGAUACUAUUCAACCGGUAAAUAAGUAUUAUGGAGGCGAGGAGGAGGAAGAUAUUCCAGACAUGGCAGAGUUUGACGAGGCUGAUAAUGUCGUAGACAAUGAUCCUGCAACUCUUCAGUCGAAUUUUCUCGUGGCUCAUGAACCUGAUGAUGAUAAUAUCCUCCGAACCAGAACAUAUGAUAUUAGCAUCACGUAUGACAAGUAUUACCAAACUCCACGUGUUUGGUUGACCGGCUAUGACGAGUCAAGGAUGUUGCUGCAACCUGAACUUGUAAUGGAGGAUGUUAGUCAAGACCACGCUCGUAAAACGGUCACAAUAGAGGAUCAUCCGCAUUUACCUGGGAAACAUGCUUCAGUUCAUCCAUGUCGACAUGGAGCUGUUAUGAAGAAGAUCAUUGAUGUCUUGAUGUCGCAUGGAGUAGAACCUGAAGUUGACAAGUACCUCUUCUUGUUCUUGAAGUUUAUGGCAUCAGUUAUUCCAACAAUCGAGUAUGAUUACACGAUGGACUUUGAUCUCGGUAGCUCAAGCACUUAA